ACCCCGCAGCUGCUUUAUUAUAUUCCAAGUUCUGCUGACACGUUUUAACUUGGCCCAAUUCGCAGCUGGUCUCACUGGCUGGCACACGGCAGGAGACGUUUCUGGGUGUCUUCCACGGGACAGGGUGAGAGCUGAAACAGCACGGCCACCAUCUAACGGUUGUCACAAGGCAAGUCGCCUCAGCCCGGGAGGCUGAGAGCCAGCAGGAACACCGAACCAAGCGUUGCCUUGACGGGGAGGAAGGCUAACAGAAGGAAAAUCGAAUGCUGUAGCAUAAAAAUACACAUAGUCAUUCCCCCGUGACAAGGUUCGGUUUCCUGGGAUGCCCGCGUGAGGCGUUUUGUGAGGAGAACGCAGCAUUCUCUGCCUGGCGCAGAGUGAAGCCCCGCCAGGCUGCAGCCAGCCGCUGUGGGGCGCUCUCGCGCGCGGGCGGCCGUUGGCACGGGUACGUGGCCGUUGGCCACCGCUCCCUCAGGAGCGAUGGCGGCGGUUCGCGCCGCCGUCAGCCUUCGCGGCCGCUUCGGAGCCUUGUCAUGACCCAGCCUGGCCUGUCACGGCCGCCUGUCCGAGUGGCAUCAGUGCAGCGCUGGCCCCACAGGGUAACAGAGGGCUGUCACACCAUAGAGAAAGAAAAAAUGUGUACGGUUGUAAGCAAGAGUCAGUUUUGCUAGAUCAAAGGAACUGGGCUCGGGAGCAGUGAAGAAAGCUGACAUGAUCUCUGGACAAAAUGGGGAACAGAUCAGUGAAACCUAAGCACCUGAGGCGACCGAACCAACACAUAGGAAGCCUCUCUAUUGGCUGUGCUGGAAACCAUAAGUUUUUGAAGGACUCGGGUCUGGGCAUCAAUGUGACUGGGCAAGCUGAUGUUUUUUGCAGCAGGCUGCUCGAACUGGAAAAGGAGCUGAAGAGAAAAGAUCAAGAGUUGCAAGAGAGUCAAAGUUGUGUCACUGAGCUUCAGGAGGAGCUGGCUAUGCAGACUAGGGUCAUAGCAGAACUCACCAAGGAACUUCAGAGCAAGUGUAUACAAUUGAACAAGCUGCAGGAUGUUGUUAGCACUCAAGGAGAGCACUCUUUUCAGCCUUCUCCAUUUAAGGUGACUUCAAGGAUUCAGGUCCCUGCUGAUAGGAGGAGAGGAGCCAAGGAAGGUGUAUCUGCAGAGCCGACAACACGGCUUUAUGAUUUGAACAGGCAAGCUACAUUUUCCUUUGAAAAAGCAAGAGUCCGGAAGGAUUCCAGUGAGAAGAAGCUCAUCACGGAUGCCCUGAAUAAAAAUCAGUUCUUGAAGAGACUGGAACCUCACCAGAUCCGAGAUAUGGUGGAAUGUAUGUAUGAAAGGUCUUUCCAGCAAGGGAGCUAUGUCAUCAGACAGGGAGAGCCAGGCAAUCACAUUUUUGUGCUCAAAGAGGGCAAUCUGGAAGUUUUUCAGCAGAGUAAACUACUCUCCUCGAUACCUGUGUGGACGGCAUUUGGUGAACUAGCCAUUUUAUACAACUGCACACGGACAGCCUCUGUGAAAGCAAUCACCAAUGUUAAAACAUGGGCAUUGGACAGAGAAGUGUUUCAAAAUAUCAUGAGAGUGACAGCACAAACAAGACAAGAGCAAUACAGAAACUUCCUUAGAAGUGUGUCCCUACUGAAAAACUUACCUGAAGAUAAACUAACCAAGAUCAUGGACUGCCUGGAGGUGGAGUACUACAACAAGGGAGAUUAUGUUAUUCGGGAAGGAGAAGAAGGAAAUACCUUCUUUAUAAUAGCAAAAGGAAAGGUGAUAGUUACGCAGAGUACUGCAGAUCAUGUGCAGCCUCAGGUGAUUAAAAAUCUACAUAAAGGAGAUUACUUCGGAGAAAAGGCUCUCAUUAGUGACGACGUCAGAUCAGCAAACGUUAUUGCAGAUGAAUACAAUGUGGAGUGCCUCGUUAUAGAUAGAGAAACAUUUAAUCAAACUGUUGGAACUUACGAGGAGCUCCAAACUUACCUUGAAGGUUAUGUGGCUAAUCUGGCCCGGGCCGAUGAAAAGCGACAUGCAAAAAGAAGAUCCUUCUGUGGACAGCCAACCAAAGAGGUGUCUUUGGAGAUGAUAGAACUCAAGGAGAAAGUAGCCCAGUUCCCUCCUUCCCCAUUCCAGAAUUUAGAAGUUGUCACAACUCUGGGUGUUGGUGGGUUCGGAAGGGUUGAGCUUGUUAAAGUGAAAAAUGAGAAUGUGGCUUUUGCUAUGAAGUGUAUAAAGAAGAAACAUGUAGUGGACACCAAACAACAAGAGCAUAUCUAUUCUGAGAAGAAAAUCCUUGAGCAGAUAUGUUCUCCGUUCAUUGUGAAACUAUAUCGCACGUUUAAGGACAGUAAGUAUGUGUACAUGCUGCUGGAGGCUUGCCUUGGAGGGGAAUUGUGGAGCUUACUGAGAGACAGAGGCAGCUUUGAUGAAGUCACUACCAAGUUCUGUGUUGGGUGUGUGACAGAGGCUUUUGACUAUCUACAUCACAUAGGAAUUAUCUACAGAGACCUGAAGCCAGAAAAUCUAAUUUUGGAUGCUGAAGGAUAUAUAAAACUGGUUGAUUUUGGAUUUGCAAAGAAGAUCGGAUCAGGGCAGAAAACUUGGACAUUUUGUGGAACUCCUGAGUAUGUUGCCCCCGAAGUCAUUCUGAGUAAAGGCCAUGACUUCAGCGUGGAUUUUUGGUCCCUUGGGAUUCUUGUGUAUGAACUCCUUACUGGCAGUCCACCAUUCUCUGGGGCUGAUCAAAUGAUGACAUAUAAUUUGAUUCUCAAAGGCAUUGAAAAGCUUGAUUUUCCUAAAACAAUCACAAGGCGACCUGAGGAUUUGAUCCGCAGACUCUGCAGGCAAAACCCUACAGAAAGAUUAGGCAAUCUGAGGAAUGGAAUUAAUGACAUCAAGAAACACAGGUGGUUGAGUGGUUUUAACUGGGAUGGUCUGAAAGUGAAGAAAUUAACAUCGCCUUUAAAAAGAGAGUUGUCUGGACCGACUGAUUACAGCUACUUUGACAGCUAUCCACCUGAAGAAGGAACCCCUCCAGACGAACUUUCAGGCUGGGACAAGGAUUUCUGAUUUUUUUUUUCCAAGACAUUUUAUAGUAGGUCAUAAGCAUCAGUUCUAAACCUUCUCUCCUGUUUCAUGCUUAAAAUCAAAUUAUACAAGGCUUGUGACAAAAAUGUCAGCUGUUGACAAAUGCCACAAAGUUAUUGGCUUCCAAUACUUAUCCUCUCCAUUCAAAAUAAAGAUAGCCAGUAUCCUUAA